ACAUUUUAGAACAUCGUAGUGCUGAUCAUCAUCUGGUUACAAUGGGCUGAGUGCAAAUAGAAUGGCGGACGCUGUGCGACAGGGCUUCAUUUGCCCUUUUUGCAUGAGCGACCUCGGCGAUUUCCCUCGCCUCGAGAGCCACGUCAAUAGCGUUCAUCCUGAACGAGGACAAGAUUUGACUGAGACUGUCAUUGAUAAUGUGAAAGGACUUUUUGACAAGGCGAAGAGAAGUAUGCGGAUACUUGAUGCUAAGAUGAGCGCGGAGCUGUCACAGGUGAACAUGGGCGUUUCACAUAGCGUGGCUGAUCUUGCAAGCAUGGCUUCUGCUGUUCACGAGCGUGUCAAUGAGAAAGCUAGAGUCGUUCGACCUCCGGCUCCUGUACGACCACCUCCAGUGAGAGCAGAGAUUGGGGUCACUCGUUCGCAUACUGAAUUCUUUCAAAAUGUUCGGGAUUCUUCGGUUAACGAAAGUGCUGUGAGGACCAAUAUGCUGAUAAUUCGUCUUGAUCGGCUUAUCAAUGAGUGCCCGGUUGAUCCUUUCAAAAGAAAAGAAUUUGAACGUGAGAUCGUGCCAUGGUCAGCUGAUUCGGAGUCGUUGCAUUGCACUAGAUGUGCUGCAAAAUUUACAUUAGCACGACGUCGACAUCACUGUCGACUGUGUGGACGGGUUAUGUGCCAUCAGUGCAGCAAGUUUCUAUCAUUUCUAUCCGCUAGAAAGCUAACGAAUCCUGCUUUGGCAGCUGAGAUGCUGAACACGGAUGCGGCUGCCUCAUCUACAACGGAAGUAUCUCCUUCACAUAGCCGUCGUCUCUUGGAGAUGACGCAGAAGACCACCGGAAAGGAUGCAGAUGAAUGUCUACGGGUUUGUGGAUCCUGCAUGACGGAUCUCAGCAGAAGAGAGCAGAUGAUGGAGCAACGAAAUCCUCCAGUGCUAGCUGAACAGUAUGAAACAUUGGAUCGAAUGAUUGCCGAGACCUCCGCAAUGGUGCCGAGCUAUACGCGCAUGGCUGAUAGCAUCAACAAUGGUGAAACUAUGUACACACUGGCAGCUGCAGAACAGCUUCGAAGUCGACUCCUUCAAAAACAACGCGACAUAGACAAUCUUAGUCAAAAGAUUGUCGCUGAAGCAGAUAAGGAGAGCUGCGGUGUUAAAGAAGCUCAAUUACGCAAAAAUAUUCGCUUUGCUUGUCUUCAAACAUUGCAGAGUAUGGUAACGUCGACGGUUUCAUUGCCUACGGAGCAGCAGUACGAAAAGUUGGUGGAGACUCAUAAGAAAGAAGUCGCCAGGCAAAUAGAGGAAUCUCGCAACAUGCGCGCAGCCAAUGACAGAAAUGGUGUUAGGGCGUGCUCGUCUUUGCCAUCCAUUGUACCGAAGGAGAGACCAACACUGAAUGUAGCCCGAGAACGUUUGCGAAAGCAAGCUGAGGAUGGAUGGACACCGCAGCAGACUAAGAGCUAUAACCCAUUCAUGGAAGAGGAAGACAGACUCCAUCCGAUGUUCGAGCAAAGAGACAUUAUUAAAGGCUAUCUGGCUCAAGCGGCAUCGGCUGGUCGAUUAGAAGAAGUGGAGAUGCUUGAACGUAAUUUGCAAGAUUUGGAGAAUGAAAUGCUUAAAAUGGGUCUAAUCUCACCUACAUAAUAUUGGCAUCUUAUUUUGGCGUGGACCUACUAUGCUUGUCAGACGUAUUCGUCAGAUUUCCAGACAUUCCAUUGUUGCUAUCGCUGCUUGCUUCAUCGAAGCACUCAAGAGCAUAGUUACCCACCGGUAAAACACCUUUGCACUCGUACCUGUCUUUCCGAUGAUUAUAUGAAUGAACUCUCAGCUAUGCAUGUUACAGAGCUUUCUGUGCAAAUUAGUCUCUGGCUAAGUGAGUUUACCAUCACUUGGCUAUCCUCGGUGACCAAUUCAUCAGAAUCUAUCAAUUCUGUUGCCAUUACUUCAUCGUAGCAGACAUAUUCCUAACAGUCACCUCCUUUCUUUAUUACUUACAUGAUAUUACUAAAACGAUUCUCUUCGGGUGACCUCCUGAGAUUGUGGUACUUGAAUGCUAUCAAUUGCAUUUUCUGUA